AUGAUCAAGAAAAUAUUGGAAUGUAAGCAUAAAAAUCUCUUUAAACUGCUUUAGUAAAUUGCUAGAAUCUAAAUUAUUUAACCAUUGCAUUAAAGUAAUUUUUAAAAAUCUUUAAUAGUAAAUAAUUAAUAGUUUUUUUAAAAUUAAUUUUUAAAGUAAAUUGGAUUUAAUUGA